ACAAGCUAUAUGCUAAUACUUUAUUCAAAUGAAAAGAAUUUGAUUGUAGUUGAUUUUAAUUGAUAGAUUGCUUUGUUUUGAACUUCGCUGGUAUUUCAUAAAAUAAAAAUCUUUUUAAAAAAACGGUUAUUGUGAUGAACUUUAAAUGACUGUAUCAAGCAUGUCAAAAUCUCAAUCAUCAGAUGCUCGUGCUGAGCUUGCUGAACUGGUUAAAAAAAGAGCAGAGAUUGCUGACACGCUGGCUAACCUGGAACGGCAGAUUUACGCAUUUGAAGGCAGUUACUUGGAAGAUACUCAACUGUAUGGGAACAUCAUUCGAGGUUGGGAUCGAUAUUUGGCCACCAACCGGAAUACCAGCAGCAAAGCUGACAAAAGAAAUAGAAAAUUCAAAGAAGCAGAAAGGCUUUUCUCCAAAUCAUCCAUAACUUCCAUGGCAUCGGUGAACGGUGUCAUCGAAACAGAAAGGAUUAAUGAUACUGCAGUUGGUGAAGCUGUUCCCGUAGUAGACGGGGCAGUCAAUUCUUCAGCAGUCGAUUCCAGCAGUAGUUCUUCUUCUUCCACUGUGAAUGGCAACAGAUCUCCUCAGAAUACACCAGAAUUCCCUGGAAAAAUAAAAAUGGCACAACGUUUGAAAAAGAAUGCUAAAAAACCCAGAAGAAUGGUGGAUCUUGAAUAACUAACUUUUUUUUUUCUUCUUUGUAUUCUUUUAUUUUGCAUUGGAAGAUUGUAGAUUAUCAUCAUAUUCAUUUACCUGUAAAUAGUUGUAAAGUCCAUAAUCCACAAAGUAAAUGAAUCUUCAAAAGUGUUUUUUUAUUCUUAACUUUUCCUUUGGUGAGAUAAUUAAGGCAUUCAAAAAAAUUUUAAUUUUAAAUUUCUUGAAUAAUAAAAUUGGAAUAAGCAUA